AUGCUCAAGUACAGCAAAACAAGUCCAACGUGGGUCCCGAAAAAAUUCACACAACACCACCAGGAAACAACGAGUGAAUGUGAAGGUGAACCUUUUCUGAACGAGAUUUUAACGUGUGAUGACACUUUCGUUCAAAAUGGUGAGCCCGACUCGAAGGGACAAGGCGUGAAAUGGAAGCACACCAGCUCACCUGUCCGAAAGAAAUUCAAAACUCGAGCAUCAGCGAGGAAAGUGAUGCUGGCCAUCAUCUGGAUGCCACAGUUGUAUUUUGGUGAUUAUUUGGAAGAUCAGCGUACAGGAUGCAGCGCUGACGACUCACACAUACUGAUGAGCAAAGUAAAGCCAGCGAUGAGAGGAAAGGGUCGCCAAUGUCAAACAAAAGACGUGAUAAUAUUACACAACAAUGCUCGCCCACACACAGCGCAGCUGAUCCAAGAAUCCACUGGAACGAAAAAGAAACAAUAA